ACCGACGGCAACAACCUCAACCUCCUCCAUUCAUCAUUCCUAGUGGGGAAGCGCCAAAGCAAGCAACCAGCGCGCUCCCAUUUUGAUUUCCCCCACCAACCCACGAGACCAUGGCCGCGCCCACCGUCGGCAAGUCGCCGCCGGCGCUCGUCCCUCCGGCGGGGCCCACCCCGGGCGGCGUGCUCCCGCUGUCCUCCAUCGACAAGACUGCCGCCGUCCGCGUCUCGGUCGACUUCAUCCAGGUCUUCCCCCCGUCCUCCGACCGGGGCGGCGAUGACCAGGUGGCCACGAUGCGCCAGGGGUUCGCGAGGGCGCUGGUGCCCUACUAUCCGGUGGCCGGUCGCAUCGCGGAGCCCUCCCCGGGCGACCUCGUGGUGGACUGUACCGGCGAGGGCGUCUGGUUCGUGCAGGCCACGGCGAGCUGCUCGCUCGCCGACGUCAACGGCCUCGAGCGCCCGCUGCUCAUCCCCAAGGCGGAGCUUAUCCCCCGCCCUCCCCCCGAGGAGAAGCUCGAGGACCUCAUCCUCAUGGCGCAGGUCACGAAAUUCACCUGCGGUGGAUUCGCCGUGGGGAUCUGCUUCAGCCACCUGGUGUUCGACGGGCAGGGCGCCGCGCAGUUCCUACAAGCGGCGGGCGAGCUGGCCCGGGGGUUCCCGGCCCCAUCAGUGGCUCCCGUGUGGGACCGCGAAACGAUCCCGGACCCGCCUAAGCUGCCGCGCGGUCCACCGCCGUCCUUCACGGCGUUCAGCUUCGUGACACAGGUGGUCGAGAUCUCCCCGGAGAGCAUCCUGCGAAUCAAGGACGAGUUCAAGGCCGCCACGGGGGAGACCUGCUCCACCUUCGACGCGGUGACGGCCGUGGUCUUCAAGUGCCGUGCGCUGGCGGUGGACCUCCCCGACGCCGCUGAAGUCCGCCUUGGCUUCGCCGCCAGCACGCGUCACCUCCUUCAGGGCGUCCUGCCGUCAGUGGAUGGCUACUAUGGCAACUGCGUGUACCCGGUGGGGAUCACCCGGAGCAGCAAGACCAUCCGGGAGGCGGCGCUGCCCGAAGUGGUCGGCGUGAUGCGAGAGGCCAAGGAGGCGCUUAAGGUGAGGUUCACGGACUGGAUGCACGGCGGCGCCAAGGACGACCACUACAAUGUGCCGCUGGAUUACGGCACCGUGACGGUGUCGGACUGGAGCCGCGUCGGCUUCAACGAGGUGGACUAUGGCUUCGGCGAGCCCGGAUACGUGUUCACGCUCAACGACGACGUCAACAUCGUUGCGUCGGUGAUCUACCUCAAGCCCCCGGCGCCCAAGCGCGGGAUCCGGCUCAUGCUCCGCUGCGUGGAGGAGCCACACGCCGCUGUGUUCGCUGACGAGCUUGCCAAGUACGCUUAGCUGGAUGGUGCUUCUUGGCCAUGGCCGAGUACAUGUUCUCAUACCUGUAACACCUUUUCACUGUACUUUUCUUCACAUUGGUGUGUGCAAUGUUUUCAUUUAGGUCACAUUCUGGUGCUUUGUGCAGGUAUAAACCACACUAGUAUCUCUGCUAUGUGUUGAUUUCUUUUCAAUGUGGAACAAUUGUAAGCUGUCAGCCAGAAUAAAAUUCAUUUAUGGUGGGGCAAUUCCAUUCAUGAUUUCAUAUGCUUA